CUAAUACAUUCACAAAGUGUUUGUAAACAAAAUGUGGACUAAAUUGAAGACAAAUAUAUUAUUUAAUAAAUUUAAAUAUGUUUUCAAAUCAGUCAGAAAAUGCAGAUUUAGUACAAAAACAAAAGAAAUUAGUUUUUUAUUCAAAGAGUCGGUCAAUAUAUUGGACAAGAAAUAUGUUGUCGACGAGUGGACAAACGUGACGCCGAAAGUGGUCUCAUUUGUCGGACGUAAUCUUUACCUCAAAAAUGGAAAUCCAUUGUAUUUUCUGUCUCAAGGAAUUAAAAACUUCUUCAAAGAUUACGAUCACUUUGUCUUCAAUGAUCCGGUGGUCGACUUGAAGGCCAACUUUGACUCAUUGCUUAUACCUGAAGAUCACGUUUCACGACAAAAGAGUGACACUUAUUAUGUGAACAAAGACUAUGUUCUUCGGUCGCAUACAAGCGCUCAUCAAAACCAUUGUCUCGAAACCAAAUCCAUGGCUUUCAUCUGCAUUGCAGAUGUUUAUAGAAGAGAUGAAAUCGACAGAAAACAUCAUUCAGUCUUUCAUCAGUGCGAAGGAUUCAAACUUUACGAUAAUAAGAGUCCUCAGCUGAUCCAAAGCGGUAUUUCUAAUAUAUUUGACAAUCAUUCGACAUUAAAAACGGACACAAAACAGGAAAAUCAUAGCCAAGAAGCAGUUCGUGCGAUUGAAUCAGAAAUGAAGACAACUAUUGAAUCAUUUAUUCGAUAUCUUAUGGCCGAAGACUUACCGAUGCGUUGGGUUUCCGCUUAUUUUCCAUUUACUCAUCCGAGUUGGGAACUGGAGAUAUAUUACAACAACGAGUGGAUCGAGAUAUUAGGUUCUGGUAUUGUUGAGCACAAACUAUUGUCAAACGCCGGUUAUACCGAUAAGAUAGGCUGGGCUUUUGGUAUUGGUUUGGAGAGACUGGCAAUGAUUCGCUACCAAAUACCUGAUAUAAGAAUCUUCUGGACCAAUGAUACAGGAUUUCUGUGUCAAUUUGAAAACAUAACCCAUUUGGACAAAAUUGUAUACAAACCUAUCUCAUCCCACCCACAAAUCUAUUUUGAUUUAUCAUUUUGGUUACCACAAGACAUAUUUUGGUGUCAUAAUGACUUUUACGAUGUUGUCCGCAAUAUUGGUGGUGAUCUCGUGGAACAGGUUAAGGUGAUCGACGAAUAUACAAAUAAAAAGGGAAACACUUCAAACACAUUUCGGAUUAUUUAUAGAAGUCAUGAAAGAAUGUUAACUAAAGAUGAAUGUAAUGUUUUACAUAAAAAGAUUGAACAAUACGUUACCGACAAUUGGAAAGUUAUCAUUAGAUAAAGU